AUGUCGGGCGGGUUUUUCCGGGUAAUUGCUUCUCUAGGAAUCAUUAUAUCGAUAUCUGCUGCCCUUGCGCUGAUCAAUUCUGCGGAUCUCGGUUCUGAACCCGAUUGUUUGCGCUUCUUCUCCUUUUUUGUUUUGAAGGGUACGUCCGCCGAGCAAGACACUCGGUUUUCUAACAAGCAAGCGAAGCUGAUGAAGUCGCAGAAGUUUGCUCCUGAAUUGGAACACCUGGUGGAUAUGACUAAAGUGAAAAUGGAUGUUAUGAAACCAUGGAUUGCUAAUAGGGUGACUGAGCUUCUUGGUUUUGAGGACGAAGUUCUUAUCAACUUCAUUUACGGCCUUCUCGACACUAAGGCAGUUAAUGGGAAAGCGGUCCAGAUACAACUUACUGGCUUCAUGGAAAAGAACACUGGAAAGUUUAUGAAGGAGCUCUGGUCCCUUCUUAUCAGUGCCCAGAAGAAUGCCAGUGGCGUUCCUCAACAGCUUUUGGAUGCCAAAGAAGAAGAAACUAGGCAGAAGCAGGCAGAAAGAGAUCGGAUAACUGCUGAGAUACAGAAAAAGAAAGAGAAGGAGAAUAUAGAUUCCGAGUUGAUGCGCCAGAGGAAGAUGGACGGUGGUGCUGAGACAAAGGCCAAUAAUACCUCUGUGGAUCCUAGAUCAAAACAGAUACAAUUAAAGGGUUCAAGUGGUGCUUUUGAUAAUGAGAAAGAAGCUGAAAUAAGAAACGGGUCGAGGGGACGGAGCAGGGUCUCUAAGUCUCCCCAUCGAGGUGAUCUUUCACCUUCCUCUCCUAGUGGAAGGAUAAAGCCCAGAAGCUUUUCAAGAUCACCUUAUGCACGACAUCGCUCGGUUUCUUCUGAACGGCGUAGAAAACGGUCAGUUACUCCUGGUCGGGAGCAUUCACCACGUGCGUCUAAUUCACCUCUGAGGAGGCGGUCAUCCUUUGUUAGACAAAGAUCCAGAUCACCUUCAAUUAGCAGGUCCCCGUCCCCAGUAAGGCGUAGGUUGCGAUCUCCUUACCGCCGCAGAUCACCUUCACCCAUUCGACGCCGUAGAUCACCUUCACCGGUUCGGAGGCCCAGGUCACCAUCCCCACCUCGCAGGAGGCGUAGAUCACGCUCACCCAUGCGACGCCGGAGAUCUCCCUCACCUAUUCGACAACGUAGGUCACCUGCUAGAAGCCGCAGGACCCCUUCUCCUACUAGAAGGCGCAGAUCCCCAUCGCCACAGAGCCGUCAAUCGCCGUCACCUUUGCAUAAUCGAUCUCCUUCACCACUAAAGCGGAGAUCACCUUCCCCACCACGCCGUAGAUAUGAAAGGUCUCCACCUAGUUCUAAACGUGGGUCUCGAUCUCCAGCAAGACGUAGGUCUCGAUCUCCAGCAAGACGUAGGUCUCGAUCUCCAGCAAGACGUAGGUCUCGAUCUCCAGCAAGACGUAGGUCUCCUGCCCCUACCCGGCAAAGAUCACCAGUGCGUACACGUCAAAGGUCACCCUCACCGUUUGUUUCAAGAUCUCCAUCUCCUAUUCGGCAAAGAUCUACAGGUCAAUCAUCACAAGGAAAACUUAGGUGGGCUCAAUCUGGGCAGUUGAGGUCACCUCUGGGAGAUGCUAAGGAACGGAAGGAUUGGAGAAAGAGAUCACCUGCACCGUUGUCUUCACCUGAGGCGUCUCCUGUCCAAUCGGAAUCUCCACCACCCAUAAAAAAAACUAGUAACAAUAAUGACAAAAGUAUUCCAAGGCAAAUGAUGGAGCUGCAUCCAGAGCACAACCUUAGUCCUCCGCCACAACCAAAAGAUAAAAGAUCUCGAUAUGAAAGCUCCGACGAUAGCAAAGAGGGUGAAGGAAAUAACCGUUCUCGGUUGAAGGAUUCUCUCGUGGAAGUUCAAUAUAAGGGCAAACAGUCUCCUGAAAUCAAUUCAGGCCAUCAAACAAAGUCUAGAAGCCACUAUAUGACAGAACCAGGGAAGAAAGAUCAGGAAACAAGGAGUGAGAAAUCUUAUGGAAGGAAGGGGCAUGCUAAAGCUUGGGAGGGUCAGAAGUCUCCCGUGGAGAGCCUAGCAGAUGUUCAGAAGUCUGUUGGCAGCCUUUCUCAUGGGCACUUUAUGAAAGAUGAUAGACACGGCAAACCUGAUACUAUAACUUCAAUUGAAAACGUUGAGAAUAGUAAUGGUGGUAGUAGACUUGAUUCUGAUUCAGACAGAAGUGGUAAGCACGAGGGCAAGGAAAAAAGAAAGCAUAAAAGAUCACAUAGGCAUGGAAAAUCAUCAUCUGAUGAUGAAAGUGAUUCUGAAGUUGAAGAAAGGAAAGAGGUUAAGAAGAGGAGGAAAGAAGAGAAGAAAUCACGCAAGGAGGAAAAACGCCGUAGACGUGAGGAGCGGCACCGUAAAAGAGGAGAGAGACAGGCCGAGAAGCUGAAACUGAAGAAGCGAGAUGAUGAUUCUUCUGAUGAUGACCACGCAGCUAGGGGAAAAAUGUAUUCUUCGAGUGAUGAUGAAGAGGAGCAUUCCGAACAGAAAAAGCUAGAGAUUGAGUUAAGGAAGAAGGCUCUUGAAUCGCUGAAAGCAAAGAAGAGCAUUGACCACUAAGUCAUGUCAUUGCGUUUUUGCGAUCUUGGAUAAUCUCAAAUGAUCUUUUGUUUCUAAGCUGUUUUACUUUUUUCUAGGACCUUUUGUUAUGAAUGGAUGUGUUAUUUUUGAUAACCUUUUAAUGUUAGUCUGUGUUUACUGCUGGCAGCUGAAAUGGAUAAAUGAUGGAUUUCCUGAGCUAUUCUCUUGACUGCCCCCUAUAUCCAGAUCUUCCUGCUAUAUUUACUGAUGAAAUAAUUGACAACUUGAUUCGUGCUCGAGUGGAUUAUGUGCAGGGCUACACUGUGAACAUAUGAACAUCGAAUCAGGUGAAGUACCUCCUCGAGUUCACUGUGUUUGUUAUAUAAAGUAUAAACUAUCGGGGAUCUCAACCAGACAAUAAUUGGUAGUCAUUCUAUUUCUUUUGGCAGGCUUCUCUAAUUAGGUUAUACCCUAUAUAUUUGCAGAUUGAGAAUUGUAUUGGGGUCAUUUUGUUGUUAAUGAAUAUAUAUGGUGAUCUAGGUUCAAGGACUCGACUCCCCGCACCCUUAACAUUGGCAUGUGUGAUGUGUGUAGAAAAGUUUGAAUUGCCAAUUUUCCAUGGAUGUUUAUGAUGAGAUUGGUGAUAAUAAGAUAGUGCGGUUCCAUUAUAUGGACAACCUACUGAUGUUUCCUUCAUGUUCAUGUUGCAAAUUAUUUGAGGUUCUAGUUCAUAAGCGGACACAUGCAGAACUGCCUGAUCAUUGACGGAACUCGUUCGCACUGGGUUCGAUAGGAGUUUUCACUUUGAUUGCCUUUUUCUGAGUAGCGCGUACUAGGAAACAACCUAUUGAUGUUUCUUUCAUGCUCAUGUUGCAAGGUAUUUGAAGUUCAAAUUCAUAAGUGAGCACAUUCAGAACUGCCUGAUCAUUGAGAGCUCUCAUUCACACUGGGUUACAAUGAUAUGGUUGAAGCUGAGUUUUCGCUUUGAUUGUGUUUUGCUGAGUAGCUCAUACUAGGCUGUACGCUUUUUUGUUGAAGUUGGUUGGUAUAGGAAACAGCAUGGUCACGGGUAGAAGUGCAGAUAAUAUGAUUCAGUGAGGUUAAUGGAUGGGUGGAGGUCUUGUAGUUCCAAAUAGUAGUGUCCUUGUUCAACCGUUUUUUCUUUAAACAAUGGCAAGUUGCAAUUGUUCCCAAAAGCAAUCAAUAUGCACUCAGUCCGUUGCAUAGUCGUAGUGUAUGCUCCUCUUCUUAUACGGUGAUGAUGUAGAGGUUGCUCAUGAUAUAUCAUGUUCAGCAAGAACAGAGCACUCUUCUGUAAUGGAUGCGGCCGGCUUUUCAUCUCCUUAUAG